AUGGAUUGUGGACGGAAUUCGAGAAGUACGGUAGCAAGAAAAGUUUCCUGGAGCGAUCUCAUUCAGCCAACAAUCGAACUGCUCGAAGAGGGAUUCCCAACAUCGCACGCUUUGGCAAAAGCGUUGGAGCGAAAAGCUGAGCUGAUCGUGAACGAAUCAACAAUGCGCGAGUUCGUGAAUCCAGAGACCGGAAACGUCUACCGCGUUGGCGACCAGAUAAGAACCAGGACAUCGCUGCUGCGGACACUUCGCCUUCUCUCGAACUCCUCGGAUCCCGUUCGGGAGUUCUACCACGGUGCAAUGGCUCGUGAAAUGGCCAAGGAAUUCGAACAAUACGGUGGGAUAAUUACCGAAGCAGAUUUCUCCGAGUAUCGAUCGAUAGUGGUUCCACACUCGGGCGUUAUUUAUACGAACCUCAAGAAUGGCCGAGUGGUCUGCGGUCCUCCUCCACCUUCUGGAUCAGCUGUAGCACAAGCCAUUUUAAACGUCAUGGACGGAAUUAUCCAUGAAAGGUAUGCGGCUCGAACAUGGCUCGGCGACCCUGCUUUUGUGGACAAUGCGACCGCAAUAGCCCACAACAUCACGUCGAAAAAGUGGGCUGAGUGGGUG